AUGAGUGGAAUAUAUUAUGGUGUGCAAGCUAGAUUCAGAGAGAUUAAUCAUUUAGCAGAAUGGAUUCCAUGUGCUGCUCACAGCUUAAACUUAGUUGGUUCAGCUACCGUGGAGUGUUGUUCAGCAGCUGUAAAUUAUUUUGGUUUACUUGAAAAUAUUAAUAUUGUCAAUAAAGCCUUACAGGAGCCGGGUAUUGAGCUGUGCACCAUCAUUAAACUGUACGAUGGUCUCAUACAAAACAUUCAGUUCGAAGGCCAGGCAAAAGAUCUCACAGAAUCUGAUUAUAAAGAAGCUACACAACGCAAGCGAAUUCGGAAGCAAUUUGAUGACGAAGUUAUGGAUACAAGUAAUCCCAGUUUAAAUGUUAGUACCAGGGAUAAUUUCCGUAUUCAACAGUUUUACGUUAUCAUAGACAGACUUAAUAAUGAGAUGGAAAAACGCAGAGCAGCUUAUAAAGUAUUGUACGAAAGGUUUAACUUUCUUCUUGACAACAGAUUUUUGUCGACUGAGGAAGUAGUGGCUAAAACCAAGGCACUAAUUCAGUUGUAUCCAUCAGACCUCGAAGACGAAUUUACCGAUGUGUUUUUGCUGUUUUCUCAAAUGUUUAAUGAUGGUAAGUCGGUGUCUGAUAAGAUUAAGCUGCAAAUAGACAAUAAACUAGUUGAAAGUUUUCCAAAUGUUAUUAUCGAUUUCAGGAUUUAUCUCUCUAUAUUACGCACGAUAACAGUGCUAGGGAGGAAUUCAGAAGGUGAAUCCUUCUGGAUUCACCUUCUGAAAUCCUCCCUGGCACUGCUAUCAAUUGAAAAUGAAGUAAUGCGGGAGAUGACAUUUGAAGAUGUUAUAGUUGAUUUUGCAAAUACCAAAAGUCGAAAAGUUAAGGUCAUCUAA